CGCUUGUUAGUUGUUACCUCAAACGGCGACGCCGCUAGUUUGGUUUCAGUGAACCUCUACAGCACACUAUUCAUCUCUCUGUCGAAUUCAGAAAUCAUGAAGGUGAGAUCAUCUGUGAAGAAGAUGUGUGAGUUUUGUCGGACGGUUAAACGCCGGGGACGGGUCUAUGUGCUCUGCACAGCUAACCCUAAGCACAAGCAAAGACAAGGCAUGUCAACAUUCGCAAAUGAAGCACCAUCUCAUCCAGUUUCAUCAGAGAUAAGCAGCCACAAGCAAGAGAUUGUUAGGUCUACUCACAGUUUGCGAACAGGACUGGCCUCUCUGAUUCCACAAAGGCACAGCUUGGCUAUGUUGUAUGGAUGGAGGCUAGGCCUGGCCUCUAUUAUGUCUAAGAAGUAGUUAAAGAUAACUAGUAAUUUUGAAUCCAAGUAUUAGGAGGAAUAAACAUGAACUGAUUGAUGAUCAACAAUACUGGAUUAAGGCCUCUGGCUUGCGCGCUCACUCCUUUGUAUUUGAUGAACUUGUCUCCUUAAUUUCAUUUUUGUUCUAAGUCAUAUCUGAUGUACUACACUCAAACAAAAGGAAACCCUUUAUAGUAUGUUUUUCCUUUCACAGAAUGUUUUGGUGUUCAAGUAUGUAAUGGUGCAUGAAGCUCACCGUCAAUCCUAUGUUUUCGGUCAUAA